GUCGGGAGCCAGCGACGACGAGCUGACGUCGGACGUUCUCAGCCACUACAGCAGUGCCAGUGAAGGCACCUCCGUCCUAGAGGAGGGCACAGGUUUGCUACAAACGCGCACGACAGGGUUAUUAUUACUCGCCAUUUCAAUUCAUUUGCUUGAUGUACUAUGGGCAAAAUUAACUUUUUAAAUGUUUUGUUUAACUGGCGAUGGCAUUGAAUACCGGGGAUCCGUGAGCUGUAACCUGGGGAUCUGCAAAAUUAUUUUCAAUUAAUUAGCAGUACGUUUUAUUUUAUUUAAAAAAGGACAUACCUACACCACAUAUAUAGACCGACACAUCAGUAAAACAAACAUCGUGGAUAUGUAAUGUAAAUUGGCCAUUAUUUGUGUGAUUUUAAUUAGAGGAAUGAGCUGUAGAAUGCCUACUUCGGUCUUACGAGCAAAUAACUUUCGAGGGAACUACUUAAUUUACCGAUGUCGAUUUGAAUAAAAAAUAUAGUUUUGAGUCAAACGGGUACAAAUUUGGAAAGCGGCUAACAACGCCAAGUUUUGUUACUCGGUAAGAGAGGCUGCGAUUUAUGUCCUGCACACAAUAAAUACAGGGGAUGAAUAAUAAAAAAGGGGGGAAAAAUGAAAGAUGUGGCAGUUGGUAUCAAAGCCCGCUCAAAUUGCAAGGGAGGGUAAAUUUCUCGCUCACGUUGAAUUUAUGCUCUGAUCAAUUUAUCGGAUUGAUGCACGGGAGAAAGCUUGGAUGGAAGGCGGAAGGCGUUGUGAGAGACCUCUUUCAGUUUUCCACAUAUCUUUAUUUCAAGACUAAUGUUCAUCACCAACUCACUUCCUUUGUUCCUUCUAAACGACCAAACGCAGGAGGGGAGCAGGUGGACGAGCAGACUGCCCAAGAAGAAACGGAAGAUAAACUCAAGCAGUGCAUUGACAACCUCACGGACAAGAGUGCAAAGACUCGACUCGCGGCCCUUGAGUCCUUGCGAUUGGCCUUCUCAUCCAAGUUGUUGUACGACUUCCUCACAGAGAGACGCUUCACGGUCAGCGACUGCUUGGAGAGAAGCUUGAAAAAAGGCGGCGGAGAGGAGCAGGCUGCGGCCGCCACCGUCUUCGCACUGCUCUGCAUUCAGCUGGGGGGAGGAGACGAGGCGGCGGAGGGCUUCAACAUACUGCGCCCCAUCCUGACCACCAUCCUGAUCGACAACACUGCCGGCAUGAUUGCGCGUCAAAGUUGUGCCAGAGCUCUGGGGAUGUGUUGCUAUGUGUCUGCUGCUGAAGACGGAGAGGACUUGAUCAAGUCCUUGUCCCUGCUGGAGAGCGUGUUCAUGUCUUCCUACCCCAACAGAGAGGGAACGCUGCCCACCCCCAAACCCGGCAGCCCGGGGCUCCACAGCGCCGCCAUGCAGGCCUGGUCCCUACUGGUCACCCUCUGCCCCGCAUCCAAACUCUCUGUCCUGCUGCACAUCCACCUCCCCAAGCUACAAGCUUGUCUGCAAAGUAGUGACGUCAACUACCGGAUCACUGCGGGAGAAACCAUCGCCCUGCUGGUUGAGCUGGGACGCGAGAUCGAUGAGGACUUUGAGUUGGAGGACGGCGAAGGUUUGUGUGAAAGUCUGAAGAGUUUAGCGACAGACAGCCACAAACAUCGCGCCAAGAACGACAGGAGGAAACAGCGCUCCAUCUUCAGAGAGGUUCUACACUACAUUGAGAACGAGGACUUCACAGAAGAGAAGAUCAGGUUCGGAGUGGAGAGCGUGUACAUCGACAGCUGGACGAGGCGAAGAAUUUACGACUCCUUUAAAGAGGUCCUCGAGUCCGGGGUCAGCCACCAUCUGCAGUCGAACCCGCUUCUGAGAGACAUCAUUGGCCUCGGCCCCCCCGUCGUCCUCGACGCCGCCGUCAAAGCCAACAAGAUCUCACGAUUUGAGAAGCAUCUUUUCAACUCGGCUGCCUUCAAGGCCAGGACGAAGCAGAGGAACAAAGUCCGGGACAAACGGGCCGACGUCAUGUGAGGGCAGAAAAAAAUGCGACACCGAUCGACCGCCUUCGAGCAGAGCUCGCAUACGCUCGGUGAAUUAAUGACCGUGUAUGGAUUCCAAACGUUUUCCCUGCGAACACAUCUUCCAGAUUCGAGAUGGCUGACGCUCAAGCUCUGAUUGCCCUUAUAGGAAAAAAAUAUUUUGCCUACUUAUGAUACAGAGGAAUCAUUUUUAAUGAUUAUUUAAUAUUCAUGUUGAACUGUUAAUACUUGUCAAAUCACAGAGUUUAACUGGAAUGUAAAAUGCGAUGUGCCUCAGAACAGCAAUAGAAGAAGAGGCUUUCUUCAUUCUGUUAAUUAAAAAAAGCAUUUCCGGGGCAUCUCGAAAGUGUUCGCAAUGCUUGACUUUUUCCAUAUUUUAUGUUACAGCCUUAUUCCAAAAUGGAACAAAUUCUUUUGUUCUUAAAUUCUGCACACAACCUCGAAUAAUGACAAUUCCCCCCCCCCAAAUGUUCUGAUUAUUUUUUUUUUAAGAAAGGAUCACAAUUCCAUUGAAAUAUUCACAGCUUUUCCUCGAUACUUGAUGCAUCUUUGGCAAAAAUGAGCGCCUCAACUCGUUUCGAAUACGAUGCCGCGAGCUCGGCACACCCGAUCUUCGGGGAGUUACGUCCAGUCCUCCUGCAGAACAUUUCAAACUCCAAGUUGGAUGGCGAGCGUCAUUUUCAGAUCCGGCUAGAAAUCGAUCGCUGGUCCACUCAAGGCCAUCCGCAGAGUGGUCCUCCAUUUUAUUAAAAAAAAAAAAAAAAAAGUUUUUCACAUUGUCAUCAUAGGGUGUUGUGUGUAGAAUGUUGACGGGGGAAUUACAAACACACAAAAAAAAAUCCAUUUUCAAAUAAGAUUGUGAUGUAACAACUUGGGGAAAAAGGAAGCACAGUGAAUACUUAGCAGAUGCGCUGUAUGUUUCGCGGAAGGACGUUUCUGAGGCAUUUUCCAUCGGAGCAAUUCUGUUUUGUGCUUUUUAUGACCUGAUUGGUGCUAAUGACAAUGCUAACCUGUGACGAAAAACAAGCGAAGAAACAUUUUCGGAUAUAUUAUUGCUAAACAUUGCAACUCUUUAAAAAGUGUGCGUGUGGUAUUUGUACGCUUUGAGUUUCCAUCAACACUGUAUAUGCCUACCGAAAUUUCAACCGAAUGAUUGUCACCUUUUGUACGAUGAUUUAUUUUUUUAAAGGGGAGAAAAAAACCUUUUAACCAUCUUGUUGCUAAUUGUAUUUAAAAUGGUAUUUAAUUAGAAAGGGAAACGGUGCGAUGCACCGUGAGGAGACUUUCAAUAAUGUUAUGAUCGUGUUUACAGCUACGGGAAGGUUCCGGCCGAUGAAUAUGUGGCCGGCCGCUUUGUCUAUUUUAUUGCAGGUUGGCAUUACUUGAACCAUUAAAGGAAUGUGUUGAACGUUCA